AUGUCCGACUACCCAACGCGACCACAGACGCCCCAGGCAAUGCUUCAUCGUCUACCCGAUAAGCCUGACCCCUCUUCCGAGGUGAACACGAAACCGUCAAAAUACAUAAUCCUCAUCAUAGCUUCAACAGCCGUGGCAGGCAAAGUGCAAAUAGCCAAAUCGGUGGCCAGUGCUUUAUCCUGCCCCCUCUUUCAAGGCGAUAGCCUGCAUGAAACCAGUGCCAAAGCUGCCAGUGUGGGAGCGUCGAGACGAACUGCAGGCGCCGAUGCUGCUGAGGAGACUGCUACAUCUGGCGCAAACGAAGCGCGUUACCAGCGCAUGUGGCUCUCGAAGAUGACGAGAACCGGCCUCCUCUUCCCAGAUGAGUCUCGGUCGGCCACCUCCGGGUUCACGGGCUUCGGUGGAGCAUCAUCGUCGACCUCGACGAGCCGGCGAGGGUCCAGCAGUUCCAUCGCAUCGGAACUGUCAGAUACAGCUGUCUCGACAUCGAGCAUCGCGAGUAGCAUCAUGUCUGCCGCUCCACCCACCACAAAGUAUAUCAACAAGCCUUCCGUGUUCGCCCUUCCCGAGGACGAGAAACUGCGCAAGGCGAACCCUGCUUUGAUGGUUGUCACUCACCCUGAGUUGGAGCAGUGGCACAAGGACUCUAUCAGGAAGGCUGUGGGCGAAUACAGCAUCGGCGUUAUUUAUGUCCCGUUGCACGAGGAUGGAGAUGAGGAGCUGCCUGUGUUGAAGCCCCUGGAUCCGAGGACCAUGACAUCUUUUGCGGCACUUGGCUCUUUCGGUGCUCCCCGAACGGCGGUCGGUGCAUCCUUGGACGAGGAAAUUGUGUUGAGAGUCAAUGUUGAAGGAAAUGUUGAGGAAAUCAUAGAGGAUAUCGUUGAGGGUGUCCGAGAGAUUAUGAGCGUCUAG